GGAUGGAUGUGACAUCACAUUCUACUGCAUCUAACGCCACUGAAGGCGGCGAAAACAAGUCGGAAAACCAGUCAGAAUGCAUCGUGAUCCAACCGACAGCCAACGGGACGCUCCCGCAUCACAGCACAGAUGAAGCUCCUCCCCCUGCCUCUCAUAGGUCAGACCCUGACAGCAGUGAUGACUGUUCGACAGAUGGCUCCUCCACCAAUGACGUCUCUCGCCUCCUGCCCGCUCAGCCCUCAUUGUCACCGUGGAAACAGAAAGGUGUGGACAGCUCAUCGUCAACAUCCCCUCCCCCCGUCUGCACUCCUCCAUCUUCCUCUAUGAAAUCUCCUCCUCCUCCACCUGCCUCUCGGUCGUCCACCUCUAACAGACAUCAUCAUCAUCACCACCAUCAGAGCACCAAGCAGAAGCGUUUAUCCUCCACUAAAAGCCAAGCCUCCUCCAAGACAGACGCCACCCACAUUAAGGAGGUCGCUGGAGAUGCAUGGAGGUUUGCUUAUCUCUGCAGAGCACGCACGGGCCGAUGAACCCUCCUGCUCCUCCCAGCAUUAGGCGCUCUGCUUUCUACCAACCGACUCCCCGCAGGAUGACAGGGUGAUAGCAGCGCCCAGUGGUCAUCAGAUCUGUUAGAAGCUGCUUGUUUUCUCACAAAGUUUAAAUGCCAGAACGUCCUGACUCUGCUCGUAUGAGGCCACGUGACGAGAACUUUCUUGCUGCUUCCUGUUCAUAACGGCUAAAAUUCAGAUUCCUACUUCUGAUUCUGACAGUAAGAAAACUCACCGCUUGUCUUUACUCUCAGCUAAAAACUGUCUGCUUAGAUAAAAACCCUCAGAUGAAACUCAAUAAACAAACACACAAAGACAAUAACGUGCUGAAAAAUGAAGCUACAAUAUUUCAAGAAUAGAGUCACAAUGUUGCAUGAAAGAACAAAAAAAAGUCAUCAUCUCUUAAAUCUGUGAAACUAAAAGUCAUCUAGUUUCAUUUUUUAGUUUUUCCAGAGUUUGUAUGCAAAAACAUUGAAACAAUACAAUGUGAAAAAAAGUUACAUGGAGAAAAAGUUGUGUUAAUGUAACA